CCGGCAGCCGGAUGCCCGGGCCCACUGGGCGGGCCAGCGGCCGCCUGCGGGAUGAGCAGACUGCUGGGGGGGACGCUGGAGCGCGUCUGCAAGGCUGUGCUCCUUCUCUGCCUGCUGCACUUCCUUGUGGCCGUCAUCCUCUACUUUGACGUCUACGCCCAGCACCUGGCCUUCUUCAGCCGCUUCAGUGCCCGAGGCCCUGCCCGUGCUCUCCACCCAGCUGCCAGCAGCAGCAGCAGCAGCAGCAACUGCUCCCGGCCCAACGCCACCGCGUCUAGCUCCGGGCUCCCUGAGGUCCCCAGUGCCCGGCCCGGUCCCACGGCUCCUAUGCUGCCACCCUGUCCUGACUCGCCACCUGGUCUUGUGGGCAGACUGCUGAUCGAGUUCACCUCACCCAUGCCCCUGGAGCGGGUGCAGAGGGAGAACCCAGGCGUGCUCAUGGGUGGCCGAUACACACCGCCCGACUGCACCCCAGCCCAGACGGUGGCGGUCAUCAUCCCCUUUAGACACCGGGAACACCACCUGCGCUACUGGCUCCACUAUCUACACCCCAUCUUGAGGCGGCAGCGGCUGCGCUACGGUGUCUAUGUCAUCAACCAGCAUGGUGAGGACACCUUCAACCGGGCCAAGCUGCUCAACGUGGGCUUCCUAGAGGCGCUGAAGGAGGAUGCCGCCUAUGACUGCUUCAUCUUCAGCGAUGUGGACCUGGUCCCCAUGGAUGACCGCAACCUAUACCGCUGCGGCGACCAACCCCGCCACUUUGCCAUUGCCAUGGACAAGUUUGGCUUCCGGCUGCCCUAUGCUGGCUACUUUGGAGGUGUGUCAGGCCUGAGUAAGGCUCAGUUUCUGAGAAUCAAUGGCUUCCCCAACGAGUACUGGGGCUGGGGUGGCGAGGAUGAUGACAUCUUCAACCGGAUCUCCCUGACUGGGAUGAAGAUCUCACGCCCAGACAUCCGAAUCGGCCGCUACCGCAUGAUCAAGCACGACCGCGACAAGCAUAACGAACCCAACCCUCAGAGGUUUACCAAGAUUCAAAACACGAAGCUGACCAUGAAGCGGGACGGCAUUGGGUCAGUGCGGUACCAGGUCUUGGAGGUGUCUCGGCAACCACUCUUCACCAAUAUCACAGUGGACAUUGGGCGGCCCCCGUCGUGGCCCCCUCGGGGCUGACACUAAUGGACAGAGGCUCUCGGUGCCGAGGAUUGCCUGCCAGAGGACUGACCACAGCCUGGCUGGCAGCUGCUCUGUGGAGGACCUCCAGGACAGACUGUGGGCUUUGUUUUCCGAGGGUCUUCAAUAGGCCCCCUAGCUAUACCUGGAAGUUUCAGAACCCACUUUGGGGGCCUCCUGCCUGGGCAGGCUCUUCAAGUGUGGCCCUCUUUGGAGUCAACCCUCCUUCCUGACCCUCUCCCCCUAGCCCAGCCCCAGUCACUGUCAGGGUCGGGCCAGCCCCUGCACUGCCUCGCGGAGUGGCCUGGGCUAGGUCACUCCACCUCUCUGUGCCUCAGUUUCCCCCCUUGAGUCCCCUAGGGCCUGGAAGGGUGGGAGGUGUGUCUAGGGGGCAGUGUCUCUUCCAGGGGGAAUUCUCAGCUCUUGGGAACCCCCUUGCUCCCAGGGGAGGGGAAACCUUUUUCAUUCAACAUUGUAGGGGGCAAGCUUUGGUGCGCCCCCUGCUGAGGAGCUGCCCCAGGAGGGGACCAGAGGGGAUGCGGUGUCGCUGCCUGGGAUCUUGGGGUUGGCCUUUGCAUGGGAGGCAGGUGGGGCUUGGAUCAGUAAGUCUGGUUCCCGCCUCCCUGUCUGAGAGAGGAGGCAGGAGCCCCAGGGCCGGCUCGUGUUUGUACAUUGCACAGAAACUUGUGUGGGUGCUUUAGUAAAAAACGUGAAUGAAGCA